AUGGAGCCGCUGAGGGAGAACUUCUCCUCACACGAACACUUCAUCCUUGAUGGUUUCAGUGAACUCGGAGCUCUGAGGCCCGUCCUCUUCAUCCCGUUCUUCAUCAUGUUUGUUGUGUCGCUGUCGGCCAACUCCCUGCUUCUGUACGUCAUCAUUUCUCAGAGAAGCCUCCACUCUCCGAUGUGCAUCCUCAUCGCCGGCAUGGCGUGCGUGGACCUAAGCCCGCCGCUCUUCUUUGUCCCCAACAUGCUGUUGAGCUUCUUGUUUGACUGGAGGGGAAUCUCUCUGAUUGGCUGCCUGGUUCAGAUUUACAUUGUCCACUUGUUGGGAGCUUUUCAGUCCACGCUGCUGCUGUGGAUGGCUCUGGACCGCUACUUUGCCAUCUGCACGCCACUCUACUACAAUGAACGCAUGGCGUUACCAAGAUUCCUCAAGUUUGUGAUCCCACUUGUGGUCAGAAAUGUCCUCAUGGUCACGCUGGUUGUGAGUCUGGUAGGACCGCUGUCGUUCUGUGCUACAAACGUGAUAAACCACUGUUUCUGUGAGCACAUGGCCUUGGUGGAGCUGGCGUGUGGAAGCACUGCUGUCAACAGCCUGGUGGGGUUGAUCUCCGUGUUCUUCAUCGCUGUGGUCGAUUUCUUCUUCAUCACCGCCUCCUAUGUGGUCAUAUUCAGCUCUGUGCUUGGGUCCGGCAAGUCAGGCAUCAAAGCGCUCCACACCUGCGUCACCCACAUCAUGGUCAUGACCGUCAGCCUCACCAUCAUACUUGUUGCUUUUCUGUCGUAUCGAAUCAGAAGUGGUCUUCCUGCAGCUGUUCGGGUUUUCUUCAGCACCAUGUACCUGCUGUUCCCGAGCUGUUUCAACCCGAUCAUCUACGGCAUCAGAACCACGAACAUACGACAGCACAUCCUGAAGACGCUGAGCUGCUGUCACUCUGUCCAAACGGAGCCCUAUUCCUAA